AUGUCAGGAAGUAUUGGAAUUAUUACAGCCAUCGGUGUAUCGGCAGUUCUUGGAUGGUUUCUUAUUCUCGGAUUGCUCUUCUCUAUACAAAAUUUGGACGGAACCUUAGACUCGGCAACCGGACAGCCUGUGACCCAAAUCUUCUUGGACACUGUUGGUGAGAAGGGAGCAAUCGUACUUAUGGUCAUAGUCAUUGGUGCUAUGUACUUUUGCGGGACAUUCUCUAUUACAUCCAAUUCAAGAAUGACUCUGUAUGCUUUUGCUCGUGACGGUGGCAUUCCGGGCCAUCAAUUUUUCGCCAAAGUCAAUCCACAAUGGAAAUCUCCUAUUAGAACUGUAUGGCUUGCGUGCACAUUGAGCUUCAUUCUUGGUUUACCAAGUUUAGGGAGCUUGGUUGCAUUUUCGGCAGCGACAUCUAUUGCUACUAUUGGGCUUUAUAUAUCCUACGGCAUCCCAAUUGCUCUCCGUGUUAUAUACCGUGACCAGUUUAUUCGGGGACCAUUUCAUCUGGGGAAAUUCUCUUAUCCUGUGGCUGUUGUGGCCGUUCUAUGGGUAGUGUUUAUCUCUAUUGGUUUCAUUCUUCCGCAGGUCAACCCCGUCGAUUCCCAGACACUUAAUUAUUCUAUCGUCGCAGUAGGCAUAAUUAUGGUGUAUAGCUUGGGCUUUUGGGUGCUCAGCGCCCGAAACUGGUUUAUCGGACCAGUGCAACAAAUCGCAGCUGAAGAGAUGGGUAUCGAUGUUAUGGAUCCCUCCAAGGCCCAAGUGUUUGAGAAAGAUAAAGCCGCAGUUGCAUAG